GGCGGCCGGGAGCCCCGAGAGCGGAGCCGGGCGGCCGGCGCUGGUGGUGUCGUUCAGCGGGUGGAGCACCGAUGGGAACCCGGCACUCGAGCCGGUGCAUCCUCCGCCGGACACCGCGAGUCGCCGAGGGUGGCACCGAGGUGUCCAGUGAUUCUUCAGAGCCACUGGCAAUCACGUUGCCAGAUCAGUUGAUGGGAACUACGCAGCAAUCACAGUCACCAACUCAGGCAGCGACAGAUAUAAUAGGCCAGCCUUCAGCAGAGAAAGUGGCUCAGACACCUGUGCGGAGAGCAGAGACAGUGGCACAGACAACGGUUCAGGAUGUGGCUCAGAAAAGUUAUCUGGGGAAAGGCCAAGAAGCAAAAUUUUUCACUCCAGAUGAAAUGACUUCAAGAGAUUACUACUUUGAUUCUUAUGCACAUUUUGGCAUCCAUGAGGAAAUGUUAAAAGAUGAAAUUCGAACCCUAACAUACAGAAAUUCCAUCUAUCACAACAAACACGUGUUUAAGGACAAGACGGUGCUGGAUGUGGGGAGUGGAACAGGAAUAUUAGCAAUGUUUGCAGCCAAAGCAGGAGCUAAGAAAGUGUUUGGGAUUGAGUGUUCCAGCAUCUCUGAUUAUUCUGAGAAGAUCAUCAAAGCAAACCACUUGGACAAUAUAAUUGUGAUUUUUAAUGGUAAAGUGGAGGAAGUGCAGUUACCUGUGGAUGAAGUGGACAUCAUCAUUAGUGAGUGGAUGGGCUACAGCCUCUUCUAUGAAUCGAUGCUGAACACGGUGAUCUUUGCACGAGACAAGUGGUUGAAACCUGGAGGACUGAUGUUCCCGGACCGAGCCACUUUGUAUAUCGUAGCCAUUGAAGACCGUCAAUUCAAGGACUUCAAAAUUCACUGGUGGGAAGACGUUUAUGGGUUUGAUAUGACGUGCAUCAGGAAUGUGGCCAUCAAGGAACCUCUGGUGGACAUUGUGGAUCCAAAACAAGUUGUGACCAAUGCUUGUCUCAUCAAGGAGGUGGAUAUCUACAACGUGAAGACCGAGGAUCUAUCGUUCUCUUCCACGUUCCGCCUUCAGGUUCAGAGAAACGAAUAUGUCCACGCUCUGGUGACAUAUUUUAACAUUGAAUUUACAAAGUGUCACAAGAAAACUGGAUUUUCGACAGCUCCUGACGCCCCAUACACACACUGGAAACAGACUGUGUUUUACUUGGAAGACUACCUGACUGUGAAACUGGGAGAAGAGAUUUGUGGCACCAUCACAAUGAAUCCCAAUGCUAAAAACAAUCGUGACCUGGACUUCACACUGGAGCUGGAUUUCCGGGGCCAGUUGUGCGAAGCAUCUCUGUCUCAUGAUUACAAGAUGCGUUAGCUGAUUUACAAUUCUUUGCAUCACAUUUGACAGGAUUCUAGUAUUAUGAAUAUUAGGAUGUGUAAUUCAGCAGCUGAUAAUCCCCAACACAAGUUUGGAGAAAUAAACACUCAUUUGUGCAAAUUGCUUUGGGUUAAAUUUAAAUUUUUAAAUUUUAUUUACAGCGUGGUAACAGGCCCUUCCAGCCCAACGAGUCCGCACCGCCCAUUUUAAACCCAAAUUAACCUACCCGUAUGCCUUUGCACUGUGGGAGGAAACCGGAGCACCCGGAGGAAACCCAUGCAGACACGGGAGUACAAACUCCUUACAGACAGUGACGGGAAUCGAACCCUGAUCACUGGCGCUGUAAUAGUGUCGUGCUAACCGCUACGCUACCGUGCCAUGUUAGAUUCCACUGAGUCAAUGCAGACACAGUGUUUCACUAACCAGAAAAGUCAAAGCUGUAGCAUUAAAACAAAACACAAUUACCUAUUUCAAGAUCUGCUUUCAGAAGCAGAAGUAUUCCAAAAAUUAAUGCACCAUCAAACCUGACUUUGUGUUGGUUAUUACUGGCUGCUUCACAUCUACUUGAAAGAUGCAUUAACAUUUUUGCAAAAGGUUUCUGAAAAGACUAGCAGUAAAAAGCUAUUGGUGUCCUUCAUGACAUAUGACAUUAAAUAUCAUCAUUGAGUUUCUAUCCAUUGCAAUUCAAAUGACAGAAAGGAAUCAGCUGCCUGGUAGUGUCAUCAGGAGAGAAACUCACUUGCCAAGGACCAGCGUGACACACAGACCUCUUGCUCAUUUAUUCUUUGUUGCAUUCUUGGUCAGGUGAUUAGAAUUCAGAUUUUAAACCUCUCAAGUACAGCUUAUUGUGCAUUUUAAAGAAUAAGAUAUUUGCCUUAUACAUUUGCUGAAAUGUUCUCCAUAUUGUUGUGUAUAAUUCGUACAAAGACUGUAAAUUAUCCAGCAACUGAUUAAAUUCUAUUUGUACAACUUGCAAUUAACUUGCUUUUAAUGAUCACAUUUUGUUUAAUUGAAUAGUGUGAAGUUGCAAGAUUGCCUGACAGUGGAAAAAAAUCAGAAACUGUAGCAUGCAUCGCUCUGUGCCAAGUGGUAAAUUUAGGAUGUGUGUUUUAAUUUAGCAUUCCUGGCGUGUUCCUGCAGAAUAUUGCCAAGUAGUUGGAUGGAAACUUGACUAAACUUAUCAAAAUAAUGGAGUUUAGAUUUUCUUUAGAUAAUUUUUUAAAAUCAAAGCAAAUGCAUUUUGAAAUGCAAUACAUUCAUUUAUUCAUUAAUUAAACUACAACAACUCUUACCAUUUUUAUUUAUUGACAUUGUUUUCAACAAGCAACCAAGUUUUGCUUAAUUCCCACAAUAAAUAAACCAGUGUUAAUCGCUUGGCUGAGUCUAGCUGCUUUACAAAAAUUUCACACCCUUUACCAAAGCAUAGUUGUGGCAAAGAAGUAGGUAAGUCCAGACACUUUCUUGGGAACAGUCACACAGUUAAAUUGCUGGACUAAUAACUCAGAAGCUUGUAUUAACAAUUCAGAGAUGAGUUCAAAUCCCAGCACAACAAAUAGGAAAGUUAAGUUCAGUUAAGUAUAUAAUCUGGAACUAAAUUAAAAAAAAUAGCAUGUCUCUGUGGAAGUUAAGAUAACAUAGUUAUUUAAUAGUCACAGGUACAUCGAACACAGUGAAAUGUGUCUUUUUACGUUACUGAGAAUGUUCUGGGGGCAGCCCACGAGUGUCACUACUCUUCCACCACCAACAUAGUACGCCCACAGCUCCUAACCUGUAUGUCUUUGGAACGUGGGAGGAAACUGGAGCACCUGGAGGAAACCCACGCAGACACGGGGAGAACGUAUAAACUCAUUACAGACAGUGGCGGAAUUGAACUCGGGUCGCUGGUGCUGUAAUAGCAUUACGCUAACUGCUACACUAAUGUGCCUGGUUCAUUAAUGUCCUUCAGGAAAGGAAAUCUACCAUAAGGCUGAUUAUGCAAGUCCUGACUCACAACAGUGUUUGACUCCUCACUGUCUUCUGAAAUAGCUUCACAAGCUAUUCAGUUGUAUCACAAACUGCUGUGCUAAAAGAGGAUUAGUAUAAAACUGGACUACAGCAAAGAAUUGGGAACAGUCGAGUUGUUUACAGCCCACUGAACCUUGCAAAGUUCACAAAUGUCCAGGGACUGGGGUCCAAUCUGGGAGAUCUGUGCUACAGAAAAGUUCGACAUAGCCUAAAGUAUUUGAAGAGAUUCAAAGAAAAUGUACAAUACUGAUCAUUCAGCCAUGAAACCUGUGCUGGUCAUAGGAGUGCUCCCCAGCCUAAUCCCAUCUUCCACCACUGGGUCCAUAGUCCUGGAGAUCACCAUGACACAACUAAGUGCUUUUUUUUUAAACACAACAUGGUUUUAUUCCUCUCUAAACCUCUUAGGCUGUGCAUGCCAGACCCUUUCCACACUCUGGAUGAAAAGCACUUUCCCCUUCUCCCCUCAAAUCAUGACCAACUAUUUUAACUUUAUGGCCCUCUGGUCUGGGAAAUAGGUCCUUUGUACUUGGUCUGUCUAGGCCUCAUAACUACACAGACCCAAAUAAAGUAAGUCUCUUCUAUUCCAAUGAAAACAAUCCCAGCUUUCCCAAUCUUACAGCUGCAAUUUUCCAGUCUUGACAAUGUACUUGUGAAUCUCCUCUGCACCCUCUCCAGCGCAAUCAUGCAAUAAAGCCAUGACCAGAACUGUACAAGACACUUCAGCUGUAGUGUAGCUAGUGUUGUAUACAUUUCUAGCAUGACCUCCUAGCUCUUGUAUUUCAUACCAGAUAAAAGAGAGAAUCCUGUAUGUAUGUUUAACCAGAGACAACAUGGGUAGAGCUCAAAACUAAGAAAGGUGCAAUCACUCUUUCCAUCUCCCAACAGCCAGCGGGAAAUAGAGGAACAGAUACAUAGGUAGAUUAUGCAAAAACAACAGGUUUGUUACGGGAGACUUGAACUUCCCCAGUACUGUCUGGGACUUCCUUAGUGCAAGAAGCUUAGACGGGCCAGAAUUU